AUGUCUAACACUCCUGUGCAGGGAUCUUCUUCACGUGCACCAUUUCCAUUACCUUUGCCUGAAGAAUUCUCUCGUACUUCAAGUACAACCAAUUUACUGUCAACUACAAGUUUACGUAAGUCAAGAUUAAGAAAACGAUCAAAAUCAACCUUAAAAAGAUCAACAACUCCAAGUCAGAAAUUGAUCUUUUCUGUGGAUGAUGAUAUCAAUGAUAGAAUAGAUGAAGAUUUAUCUGAUGCUGAAGCUGAUGAUACUUUAUCAGUAGUUAGAAGUGAUCGAGUAUAUUUAGAAGGUUAUAGUGAUGCAUUAAAGGCUUUAUACCAUCGCAAGACUAAAUCACCUUUGAUUAAUCCAUCUACUGAACCCAUUAGUGAUUCUCCAAAAAAAUCUCCAGAAGAAGUAGCACAACUUGAAUCAACAAUUGCAAAAGAUUUACAAGAAGCUGAAGAAAGUAUAAGGGUUUUAGAAGAAAUCGUAGAUUCAAGAAGAGAUAGUCUUAAAGAUAAUGAAUCUGAAAUUGCUGAGUAUAGAGAAGAAGAUGCAGAUGUGUCCCAAAGACUUGAUAAUGACGAUGAUGAAGCAAGAUCACUCAGAUCAAUUGAUAGUGUAGGUUCAUUAAACUUACGAGAAAGACAAGAUGCAAUCAAUUCUACCCAUCCUUUUGGUAUUAAGAUUUGGAAACCAUCAUUAUAUAAGAAGAAGAGAUCAGUUGCUACUAGAGCAGAAGAAGAUAUUCAUGAUUUCGACCCAAGAAAACCAACAACUACAAUUUCUUGGGGAGUUAUCCUUACAAAUUUAGUCUGGGGUUUCACUACUGGAUUAUUUAUUUAUUUAAUUUGUUUAAUUGGUGCCGCAUUUGUAUUUGUGUUUUCAGGAUUUGCCAUACAAAGACGUCUGAGACCUUAUGUUAAAUUAUUAUUAAAAUUGGGAAGAUAUUGGUUAUUCCCAUUUGGAAAAUUUGUAUUGAUUAAUAAAGAUGAAAAUUAUUUAGAGGAAGAUGAACUAUAUGGAAGAACUAUUAAUGAAUUUCAUCAAUGGAGAUUACAAGAAGAAGGGAGAUUAUUCUUUGCACCUCCAAGAAGAUAUACCAAUUCUGAAUCUAAACCAUUACUAAAAGAUGAUAAAGGACGUCCUUUAAGAGAUGCAUAUGCAUCAAUUGAUAAUGCUCCAAAUGGAGUGGCAUCUUCAUCGACAACAGGAAUACAAAGCCCGUUUACAUCAAAUCCUAGAAGAUCUACUGGAUUAUCCGAAUCAAGUGCCAUAUCAGGGGAUGAUGAUCAUGGAGAUGAUUCAGAAUUGAAUGAUGUGAAAAUGAGAUUAUUUGGUAGAGGAAGUUGGAGUGGAGGACGUCUUGCAUUUUACAUUUAUUUUUAUAUCCUUUUACAACCUAUAUUAUAUCUAAUUGGAUUCUUCUGUUGGUUAGGUGUUUUCACAAUUCCAAUGGCCAAAAUUACAAAUAUCAUUAGUGUUCAUUUAAGAAGACAUCCAUUAGCAUUAGAUUUUGAACAAGAAAAAGAAUAUUAUAAAAGAAUGGAAGAUCCUCAAAAAAAGAAGAGAAAGAAACAUCAAAGGAUUCUUUUAUGUACUUAUAGAUGUUGUGGAUUCCAUUAUUAUAAAUAUACCAUUGAUGGUACCAAUAUCUUUUUCAUUAAUUUAUUGGCAGUUGUUAUAUUAGUGAUUUUGGAUUUUUAUGCAUUAAAAGAAUCAUUGAAGUUAGAUAUUUGGUUAACUGAUUCUACGUUUAUUUUCUGUGCAUGUCUUUUUUCAAUUAUUCCAUUAGCUUAUUUCAUUGGUCAAGCAGUUGCCUCUAUUUCCGCUCAAUCAUCAAUGGGAGUAGGUGCUGCCAUUAAUGCAUUUUUCUCCACAAUUGUUGAAAUCUUUUUAUAUUGUGUUGCCUUGAAUCAAUCCAAAGGGAAAUUAGUUGAAGGUUCAAUGAUUGGAUCCAUUUUAGGUGGUGUUUUAUUAUUGCCGGGUCUUUCAAUGUGUGGUGGUGCCGUUAAGAGGAAAACACAAAGAUAUAACCCUCGUUCUGCUGGUGUUUCAUCAACUAUGUUAUUAUUCGCUAUGCUUACCAUGUUUGCUCCUUCUUUGUUUUAUCAAAUUUACGGAGCUUAUGAAAUUAAAUGUAAACGAUGUGAUAUUAUUAAUGAUGAUAGUGAUUGCAAUAAAUGUAGAUUUAUCCAACCUUCAUUCACACUUGACGCAUUAUAUUAUCAAGUCAUAAAGCCAUUUUCUUUGAUUGUGGCUGCCGCAUUAUUCGCUGCUUAUGUAUGUGGAUUAUUUUUCACAUUAAGGACUCAUGCUUCUUUGAUUUGGGCUACUAAUGCUCAUGAAGCCAAGAAACAAGAAGAACGGUUUUUAAGAUCUCCAAGUGUUGCAAGUAUGGUUACUCCAUUGCAAUUGGGUAGCACUGCAGGAUUACUCCCUAAUAAAAUGUCCAAAUUACCUCCAUCAGCCCUUGGUGCUAGGGAUAGUAAACAACCUUCGACAUUAGAUCUUCCUCGUGACCGUGCACCUCCAAAUCGUGGAGAUGUCACUCCUAGCCCCGUACAAAGAAGAACUAGUGUCCCAGUUAAAGUAGAAGAAGAUCAUCAUGCUGAUUUAGCUGAAGGUGGCGGUGGUCAUGAUGCUCCAAAUUGGUCCAGAACUAAAUCUACUGUUAUUUUAUUAUCUGCAACAUUAUUAUAUGCCAUUAUUGCUGAAAUAUUAGUGAAUACAGUUGAUUCAAUCUUGAUUGAUUUCCCCAUCAAUCCGAAAUUCUUAGGGUUGACUGUAUUUGCAUUAGUCCCCAACACCACAGAAUUUUUAAAUGCUAUUUCAUUUGCCAUUGGUGGUAAUGUUGCCCUUUCGAUGGAAAUUGGUAGUGCAUAUGCUUUACAAGUGGUUUUGAUCCAAAUUCCAUGUUUGGUAUUAUAUUCAAUCUAUCAAAAUUUUACUGACGUUGAACAGAUUUUUUCAUUGGUGUUCCCAAGAUGGGAUAUUAUUGCAACCUUGAUUUCAAUUUAUUUGUUUACUUAUGUUUAUGCUGAAGGGAAAUCCAAUUAUUUUAAAGGAGUUAUAUUGUGUCUUAUUUAUUUUGUGGUGUUGAUUGGAUUUUGGUUUAAUGAUAUUAUUGAGAAUUUAGAUGAUGGAUAUUUUGCUGGUCCAGGGAUCAUGAGAAGUGGAUGA